AUGCGUGACGACUGGAAUGAUGCGUUCGGCGACUGCGAUACGUCGGCGGCGAUUGAUAAGGGUGACUCAUGUGUUGCUCCAGUUUGCAAUGAAGAUAUGCCUAUCGGUCAUUUGUCGAGCCCGAUUUGUGAGGUCCCUAAAAGUCCAAGUAAUGCACUGCCUAGUAAAGAUGAUGUUCAAGCUUCAAAAGAGCCGUCACCACUAACAGAAAAUUCCAUAUACAAUUUAGCCGUAUCUAGCACUCCAGUCCCAUCCCCGGUGAACAGACAUGGGAAAUGUGAUGUCUGUCCAUCCGUAAGUAGCGUUUGCCGGAUUCUAAUCAACCAUCUCCUGCCGCAACUUUGGUCAGAAAUAGGGGACGAAAACGGCCUCGGAAUCAUGAAGAAUGGGGAGAUG